AUGGCCUCUUCCACCGAGAACCCGCUCAUGUCGAGCCAGAAGUCCUCGGAGCUUCAGGCAGUCCUCCACCCCCUCGUUCUCCUCACGAUAUCCGACUAUAUCACACGCCACACGCUGCGCUCCCAAGAAGGCCCCAUCGUCGGUGCCCUCCUGGGUCAACAGAACGGCCGCGAGGUCACGAUCGAGCAUGCCUUCGAAUGUCACCUUAAGCAAGUGCCAGAGGUCGACGGCGGCUACCUGCUAGAUGCCGACCGCUUCGGCCGGAGAUUAGAGCAGAUGAAGCUUGUCCACAAAGACCGCGGCCUCGACCUUGUUGGCUGGUACACCCUCCUCCCCUCCACCGGCCCGAACCCGACCAUCCUCCCCAUUCACAACCAAGUGCUCGCCGAUUUCAACGAGUCCGCCCUUAUUCUUGGCUUCCACCCACAGGAGGCUCUCUCUACCACAGUUGGCGGCAAGCUGCCUAUGACGAUUCUGGAGUCAAACUACGAGGUCGACGACGCCUCGAAGGCUGCCAACGAUGGCGAGGACAAGAAGAUGGAGGACGGCGACUCCAACAAGCUCAAGCUCCGCUUCCGCGAGCUUCCAUACACUGUCGAGACGGGCGAGGCCGAGAUGAUCUCCAUGGACCACGUCGCCCGUGGCGCCGGCAACGCCACCGCCAUCGAGGCCCCCAAGGAAUCCAAGCCCAAGGUCCAGCUCGUCGAAUCAGGAGGCAAGCGUCGUGUCGUAGUGCCCGAGAGCGCUGACCAGGACAUUGAUGGUGCGCUUUCUCCUGAGGAGGAAGAGAUGAUUGCCUCCCUCACGGCGAAGGCCAACGCUGUCAAGAUGCUUCAGGGCCGUAUCCGCCUUAUCACAUCUUACCUCGAGCGCCUACCCUCCGAAUACCUUCCGGGCGUGGAGCAAAAACAGCCAGCAGGUGAACACACGACGCCCUCACACACCAUCCUGCGCCAGAUCCAAGCUCUUGUCAACCGCCUGGAGCUCGUCGUCCCAUCCGACGUUGAGAACUUUGAGAAGGAGGUUCUCUGCGAGGAGAACGACGUCGCCAUCGUCUCGCGCCUCAACGACCUUAUGCAGAGCAUCAGCGGCAUGCGUGAUCUUGGCAAAAAGUUUGGCGUUCUGGAGGUAGCCAAGAAUAGGGAUCGCAGGGCUGCUGAUUUCACCACAGCUUACUCCGUAGGCUCAUCCGGGUACAAUGUUUCUGGUGUGGGCGACGUCUUCAUGUAG